AUGCAAAAUCAAAAUCAAGAAUAUAGCUCAAGAAGUGCAUCAGCCAUUAGUUUCGAAGACAUUAGUGAAUUUGUCUAUAAUUCUCUAGUAUCUUUAGAAGGAACUAAUAAGCAAUACAAAAGUGAUUCAUCAGAGCUUUAUAUUAAUUUUGACAUUCAACUAUUACAAAAUAAUAAUAAGUUAUUAAAAGAUUAUACAACUAAACAACUUAAAGAAUUGGGUGAUCAAAUAAUAUUUCUUAUAAAGAAAGGAGACAGCUAUA